CUAGCGUCUCUUCGCGUUUCGUUUCUCCUCGCUUUUCGCGAUCGCGCCGCUGACCGUCCUGGUUCGCGGACCAUUCCAAAUUUCGCCAUUUUUUAUCAUAAUUUCCAAGUUUCGUUGUUAUUUAUUCAGAAAAUUUGACCACUCAACGAGACAUGAUUUUUAUGAAUAAGUGCAUUUUUUGAACCCUCUCAAGUUUCGCUUGUGCAUGAAGAAUAAUCAAGUUUGUACCUGGUAAUUUCGCGCGAUCGACCUUCAAUAAAAAUAUCGUUUGAUUAAGGACAGGUAUGAAACCAAACUCAUGUCACUUUUUCAAAAGAAGGAACAUUAAAAAAAAAAUUAACGAAUAAAUAAAACUAUUCUAAUAAAACCCGCAGUGAAGGAAGUGUCAUCACGAAAUUUUUCCUUGUUAGUUCUGUUUUCGCCUAAUUUUUGUGUUUUAAAGUUAAAUUUUUUGAAAAUUUCCUUUUGUUUCUUUGGACAAAUUUUCAACAUGCAGCCCUAAUGGUUUUUUAAUAUUUUUUCCUGCGAUACAGCAAAUCGAUUUCGGUUUUUUUACUGUGAUAUAACAGCGUGACUACCUACUGCUUAUAGAAUCUUGAUACAAAUAGGUUUUAACGACAGUGAAACUACACCAAGUGCGAAACCAUUUAUGGAAACUCUCUUGAAUGAUCCAUUCUAGUUUUGAUUAUGUUUUCGUGUCUAGUUUUACACAGUCAUUUGACAAUAAUUUCUGGUAUCAAAAACACGUUUUAUGAUUGAUUUUAAUACAAUAGAACUUUUCAAUGAUUUAUAGUGGCAGUAGGCAUUUAUAACAUAAUUCGUAGGUUAUCAACUGAUUUUUAUCAGAUAAAUUGAUAAAGCUAGUACAUAUUUGAAUCAAAUUUUUACUCGUUUUUGCAUAAGUGAACAUUCUUAAAAGUGAUUGUACCCUCGGUUCCAGUUCUAGAUAUUGGAUAACUUUGGUUCAUCAGGUGUGUUGAAGUUACUGUUACUCUCCUCAUUUCGCACGGUGAUUUCCAGAAAUCCAAGGUUGCCCUGGUGGUAAUGGUUUCAACGCUAUGAGACUAUUUGAGGUCAAGAGCACGGCUAACGGACUCGACAACGAAACAUUUUCAAUGAUCUGGUAAAGUGCGCGCACCGAAGUGUUCUCCACGUCCCCGUUAAUGUGGGAGACCCGUCAUUAGAAAUCGGAAACCGGUUGUCCACGAGAUGUCGCAAUAAAUUAUUCCAUUUAUACUUGCCAGAAAAACAACGUUUCAUUAUUUUCACGUUAUUAGAAGUCUGAAACCGGUUGUCUACGAGACUUCGAUUGAAAUUUCACAUUAAAGUAUUCCAUUUAGACUUGCCAGAAAAACAACUUUUCAUGAGCUACAUAAUCCCGCGUCCGAAAAUGUUCCUAGACACUCGGUUAAUAUCUAAAGCCCUUCAUUAGGAACCGGUUGUUCUUAAAGAUGCUCCCGUGCGCUCGGAGCCUCGGGUGAGGAUGGUCCCUCUGGGUCGGGUCCCGGACGGGAUCUCCUAGGAUCGGGGCGUCCUCCGGGAUGUGCGGGCCGCAGGAUGGAAGCCGUCCUCUUCAACUCCUUGCUCAUGUUCAACGUGGUGUUCGUCUUCUUCCUCUUCCUCGUGGCGGUCUCCUGCAUCGCCUACUACGCGCCGCCGCCCUCGCGUGAGCCUCCGCCUCCGCAGCCGCCCAAGCUCCGCCUCCACCACGCCACCCUCCCGCCCGAGCGGUGUCUCCUCAGCCUCUGCUGCCCCCUCGGACCCCCGCCGACGCCGCCCCAGCAGGUCUAGCCCGGGCCCAGGGUAGCCCCUCUCCAUCGUGCCUUCGUUUUUUUAUCAGGAUGCCUCAGGCAGCAAAACCGGCAUAUUUCUAAAGCACCCGCAAGCACUGGAUCAAAUAAUUCUACAGACGAACCUCAGAGCUUCCAAAAACUUAUGAACAUUUUUUAUCAUUCUUAAUCAUAUUUUAAAUAAGUUAUCAGGAUAUGAAAGCAUUUACUAAAUUUUAUUGAACUUUGAUACAGGCAAUAGAAUACUACAAUUUUAUAAGUAUUAAUACAAAAUUAAGCAUAAGCAAACGAAUUUAGGAAUUUCCAAAAUUCGGCUCUCUCCGCAUUGUAUAUCUGAAGCAUUUUACAAUAUCAAUAGUAAAAUCAUGGGCAGUGCGGACGCCAGGCAAGUUUCCACCGACGGAAUCUACUUCGCAGUACCGCGACGGAUUCUCGAAGAAGAUGAUUGGAUUCCUCCGGACCAACUGGACCGGAACUCCCCCGAAAUUCCGGAUCAAAAUCCGGAACUUGUGCCUUCAAUCCGGAGCGAUGACCCACGGCUGAUGGACCAUUUCGGACCCGACGUGGACGAAUACUUGCUCAAGUGUUCGUUAGACAAGUUCGAGAAUCAGACCGUCGCGACCUUCCGGAAAGACGUCAUCACCCAAUUGAGCGCAGCUCUCAAAAACGCUGAAACCUGUAAAACAACCGGUUCGAGCACCGACGAAGAGUCCGAUACCUCCGAGGAGGAAGAGGAAAUCCGGUUUGGUCAUAAGCGGCACCCGAUUUACAAAAACGUUCUUACGUCUCAGGGAUUUUACAAAAAUGCACACCGCGGGGAAGCGGCGCCCAGGCGGUCGGAUCUUGUCAAAAAGUCCGUGCUGCCAUCUGGCGAGGCGAAACGAAGUGACUUAGUUGCGCCAGAAGAUGGCGCUGAAUUCGAAUUUGGUGGUAAGAGGUGGAACUCCUCUAAAAAUCCCGUGCUGCUAUCUAGCGAGCCGCCCUGGAGUGCAUCUCUAACUCAUGGAGACAGCGCUCAAAAGGAGGGAAUAAACCUGAUACAGAAUGAGGUGGCACUCGGGACGGGUGCGAUUGAAAGUAGCGAUGAGGAGUCUACUGACUUCUCCGCCUGGAGGGAAUCAACUAUUCCGACGAAAACAGUAAUCACUGCUAAUUUACAGGAUUUUGAUACUAAAAUCAGAGAGACUGCACCAGUGGAAAGUUUGUGUCAAAAAAGAGUAGGAAUUGAUUCCUCGAUCCAAAAUGGGCUUGGAAGGAUUGACCUGGAAUCAAGCAUGUCUGUGCAAGAUUUAAAGAUGCAUGAUACGGGCAAAACUAAUUCAAUUAACGUGGCUACGGUUGCAGAGUUACCGAAGGAACUGAAUUCUUGUGAAAUCUCCGGAAGUGCUGAAACAGCAUCGUUUCCUGAAACUACCGACGGUGAAGUAGUCGAUCAAGCAGAGAUCAAGCGUCAAGAGGGGUGCCUGCACAUGUGUUCGAUGGAUCCUUGUUGCGAAAGUAAUACCUCUGAAAGUAAAGUAAACCAUUCUCUAAGAGAAAAGGUUUGCAUCGACGAUGACUGUGCAACCCAGAGAGGGACAAACAAAAUUCAUGACGAGGAGAACGCCCUUUUUUCCACGAAGCAAAGUUUAUUUUUAUGCUCAAUGAUCAACGGAAAGUCUCCUCAAAAGUCUGAAGCCGGCUCCAAUGAGAUUUCAGUCGAUCCAUCGAAACAUGCCGAGGACAGUGUGAACUUUGACUCGAAACACGAAGUUAUCAGUCACGAGGAGGACGGUCAUUCGGUUGCAAAAUCAAUCAAAAAUUCGCCGGGGAAUACCAAAUUUGAUGAUCUCGGAUCCGACCCUAGUUUGAAUGAGGAGCUACAGGAUCAAAUCGAAGUCAGGGUUCAUGACGACGAGGUAAUAAUUGCUGGGUAUGGUGACCCUGGCCAAGAGACGAUACAGUCAAGUUCAGAUCAAAGCGCCGAAAGUGCCGAUGCUCCGAUCACAACGCAACAAGUUGCCUUCAGCCGUCAAACACAAACAGGGGUCCCGAGCGAUCUAACUUCGUGGGAGAGCCGUGAAGCACGCCCCGAACUUUUCGGCGGUUUCGCGGACGAGGCUCGUCGUGACGACCACCCCCAACCCCCCGCGCCCACCCUCCCAAAAAGUUUGCCCCGGACACACGUCCACGACAACUUCAAAUUCUUCCGGGAGAGAGGCCCCAAGUUCCGGAUCUCCGAUAUCAUACCUGAAUGCCCGGAAGAAGAGGCUUCGACGCAAGGGUCGACCAACGCGCCCAUCCCCAAGCCUCGGAAUAUCCCGAGGGAUGUGAACCCGGACGUCACGAUCAUAGUCAGCGACGAGGAUAGCCGCGAGACCGUUAAAACGGUCGUCAGUAUUAAACCGCUCGCCAGGAAGCGAGGGGAAGUGCCUCUGACGUCAGGAUCCUCAACGUCAUCCGACGCAUCGUCAUCAGGACCCUCGUCUGACGACGCCGCGUUCACGAUAUCAUCGCCGACCUCGCUGAGAAUGCCGUCAUCGGCAUCGACCGUAUCCGCAUUCGCGGAUGUGACGUCAUCGUGGAGAUCUACAAACGUGCCGCAGUUCGGACGGUCGACCGACGAAAUGUCGUCACCGGAAUCGACACUCCUCGCUCUGAAAAACAUGACGUCAUCGUUGAAAGCAGAAUCAGAGGCACUCGCUGACGGGACGUUAUCCUCGAUAACUCGCACUUUGCCAGAAACGAACGACAUCACGUUAUCUACAUCAAGAGCCACGUCGAUUCCCCUGAAUUCAAGACCCUCAUCAUCAGAAUCCAUUUCGGCAUGCGAUGAUGUGACGUCGUCGAACCUAGCGCAGUCGACCGAUGAAAUGUCAUCAUCGGAAUCGACACUGCUCGCUUUGAAAAGUAUGACGUCAUCGCUGACGUCCGACACAGAGGCUCCCUCUGGUAGAUUGUGGGCGCAGCCGGGACAGUCGACUCAAGAUAUGACGUCAUCGAUGAAAUGCGACAGAGAGGAACUCUCUGGUGGGCCGUGGGGGUCGUCGAAACUGGCGCAGUCGGUACAGUCACCUAACGAAAUAUCGACACCUCUUGCUAUAACGCCGACUGUCGAGGCCACGGCGAGAAUGACUCUGUGUCCCCGUGUGACGUCACCGAGUUCGGCGAUGCUAGCGGCUCGGCUAGGACCCGCAAUGACGUCACCGGACCCGGUGGACUGGGCGCGGUUCCUGAGUCUGGACCCGGCGCCGCCGGUGGGAGACGCGAGCCCGACGCCGGAUUCCUCGUCGCUGUGGCUCAGCUGCUCGGAGGACGAGCGGCAAGCGAACCUGCUCAACUACGACCUCUUCCGGACGGACUUCUCAGACGCGGACCCGGACCUCAACGCGGAGUGGCCCUUCGCCGCAGCUGCCGUCGUGGCGCCCCCGCCCCCGCGCCUCCUCAGCGUGUUCCACAGUGAGUGCUACGCGUUGCAUUUGUAAUAGGGAUGCGGAUUUUUUGCGGGAAAUAAUUUCUUUAUGUAAGAAACGAUUUUGGUCGAAAAAUACAUGAGGCUGAAUCGAUUUUAGUGUGAAAAUCAAUUUUUCUGAUUAUCAACUGAACCACAUUUUGCAAUUAGAAACUACAGUUGCAGGCUCAUUUUAGAAACAACAUAAAUGCUAUUGGUUUCCCUACGCAGAUAGAGGUUUUUAUCUAUGGGCCAGAAAUUGUGGCUCCUUAUUGCAAAAUGCAGUUCAACUGUUUUGCUGCCUAUUCCGGAGAGGCCAAGCAGGGUGUAUACUAAUAGGGAAAUGGUACUGAUUGUUCAAGGGUGAUCCGGAAGUAUCGAAAAAAAGCGGAAAUUCUGUAAGAAGGUCCGGAAUUUGUUUUAAUAAAGCCUGAAAAGUAUGCGAUCCUCUGUGCGUUGAUCUUAGAGUAGUAUUUGCCUGCAUAAUCGCGAUUGCGCGCUUGUGCAGUCAGUUUAUCUUCAAGGCACCAAUGAAGUUUCGUGGUUCGUCAUAUUUGUCGCAAAUGAGCGAGGGUUUCAAAUUUGCGGAAGUUUUCGAAUUUGGGGUCUAUUGGAGGCACUAAAAAAGAACUGCAUUUUUCUGUUUAGGAGGUACUGAAUUUCUUGGGAAUGUACUGUAAAUGUACUGAUUUUUUGCCAACCUGUUUUAGUAGACACCCUGUUCAAAGUUCAUUUUGCUGAUUAGU